GGCUGGGCUGUAGACUCGAGGAGUAAAUUGUAAUUGCACUCUUCCCCACACAAUCUGUUGAUAUAGUACUGAGAUGGGCAUUAUUAUAUUCCUCGUCAGGUCUCGCAUAUUUCCAGUAUCUUCAGUAUAUUACUAUUCAGUAUUAUUACUACUGUACUGCUAUCGCCAUCUUGGCGUCAUAGUACCAUACUACUAAUAUGAUAAUAUGAUAAUAUUAAUAUGGAGGACAAGACAAUGGCAAUAGCCGACGCGGGGAAAGCCCCGAGCGUCGGCUAUUGAGGCCGGCAAUUGCCCCGCACGCCAUGAUCAAUCAUAUUUUUAUCACCUUCACAUUCAUAUUUAGCACUCUCAUUUCUGUCAAUUACUGUCGCUAUAUUUAGUUGAACAGUACUGUCCUACCUAAUUGAGAGAAGGCACCAUGUCGCAGUCCCUCUUCUCUCUCCAGGGCCGCACGGCCCUGGUUACAGGUGGCACGCGGGGUAUCGGCCAAGCAAUGGCCGUUGCGCUGGCCGAAGCUGGUGCAGACGUUGUCCUUGUGCAGCGCGACGAGUCCAACACAGCCACCCGCGACGAUAUCACAAAACGAGUCGGCCGCAAGGCAGUCAUCCAUGUCGCUGAACUGUCAGACCGCGAGGCCGUCAAGAAGAUCAUCCCCGCACUCAUCCAGCAGGGCCUCAAACCCGAUAUUCUCCUCAACUGUGCCGGCAUCCAGAGGAGACAUCCGAGCGAGAAAUUUCCGGACGAGGACUGGGACGAGGUGAUCAAUGUGAACCUGACAUCGGUCUUUACACUGGCGCGUGAAUUUGGAGCCUAUCUACUCUCGCGCGAUGUAUCCGAGUUCCCAAGCGGACGCAGAGGCGCGGUUAUCAACGUGGCCUCGUUGCUGUCGUUCCAGGGUGGCAUUACGGUGCCGGCAUACGCAGCAUCCAAGGGUGGAGUGGCACAGUUGACCAAGGCCUUGUCCAAUGAAUGGGUCUCCAAGGGUAUCAACGUCAAUGCGAUUGCGCCUGGGUACAUUGACACCGACAUGAACGUUGCAUUGAUCAACGACUCCAACCGCAACGCUGGUAUCAUGGCCCGGAUUCCUGCCGGCCGCUGGGGAAAGCCCGAAGAUUUCAAAGGGAUCGUGGUCUUUCUGGCCAGCGCAGCCAGCAGCUACGUCUCUGGAGAGGUGAUUACCGUGGAUGGUGGGUGGAUGGGGCGAUGAUCAUGGCGUUUUCUUUUAUAAUCCAUACAAAGCCUUCGUGUUCUUCUUCAUCCUCUUUCUCCACUACACAAUACGCUAUAGACAACGGCAUGCAAACAAAGCAUACAAUGUACCACAAUGGAACCAUCCCCACGCCUCGAGGUGAUCGGUGGGUAAUGAACACCACGGCCGAUACGUAUCUGUAGAGAUGCCGGCAUUUUCCCGAUAGAGAUCUCCAUUGACGGGGAAUCGCGGCAUCGAGAUCGUAAUAAGCUUUCUUGGGUCGUAGCAGGCCACGGCGUCGCUGCUCAAACGUGGUGGGCAGUAGCAUUCGCUGGUGGAGUGUGCUUCCGUUUGCGAGUGCCCGAAGGAGGCAUGAUGUCCAGGCAGUCUAGAACACGGCGUUGGGUCUCUGACUCGGUAGGGCAGACAGAAUAUAGCAUACAGUAACACAGCAGAACCGAGGACAGUUCAUGAAACAGUGUCGUCAUGAAACGAGAGUG